CCUAAGAGACCCCGGAUGCCAGCGAAAGGGUUUAUAGAUGGUGAUUGGACUACUGACUGGAAAGAAGGGUGGGGGCUGGACAGAGUCAAAGGAAAAGCUGCCAUGGCAACACCAGAGCUUGAGGCUUGAAGAAGGAGAUGAGCUAAAGAGGUAUGGUUUUUCUUAUGGAAAGUAUUCAGUUAUUUCAUGAUGGCAUUUGCACCUCCAAAAAGCAUAGAUGGCCCCAAAAUGCAGACAAAGAUGAGUACCUGGACACCCCUAAACCAUCAGCUUUUGAAUGACCGGGUAUUUGAAGAAAGAAGAGCUCUGCUUGGAAAAUGGUUUGACAAAUGGACAGAUUCUCAACGGAGAAGAAUCUUGACAGGCCUGUUAGAACGUUGCUCCCUGGCACAGCAAAAGUUCUGCUGUCGAAAGCUUCAGGAAAAAAUUCCAGCAGAAGCUCUGGAUUUUACUACCAAGCUUCCAAGGGUGUUAUCUUUAUACAUCUUUUCUUUCCUGGACCCCCGAAGCCUUUGUCGUUGUGCACAGGUGAGCUGGCACUGGAAGAACUUAACUGAGCUGGAUCAGCUCUGGAUGCUCAAAUGUUUACGAUUUAACUGGUACAUCAAUUUCUCUCCAACUCCCUUUGAGCAGGGUAUAUGGAAGAAGCACUACAUUCAAAUGGUAAAAGAACUUCAUGUUACCAAGCCUAAGACACCUCCAAAAGACAGGUUUGCGGUUGCUGACAUUCAACCAGUUGCGAGCAGUUCUCCAGAGGAAAAGCAGUUGCCAGCAUCCGCUUUCCGGUCCUCUUCCUCUCUGAGAAAGAAGACUCACGGGGAGAAAGAACUUCCACCCUGGCGAUCCUCUGACAAACAUCCAACUGAUAUCAUUCGCUUCAAUUACCUGGACAACUGUGAUCCCAUUGUGCAAAUCUGGCAAGGAAGGAGGAAAAGACAUGAAAUGAACCCAGAUUUCAGCCGACAGUCACAUGAUAAGAAAAAUAAAUUGCAGGAUAGAUCUAAACUAAGGAAAGCACAGUCACUGAAAGAAAAGUCCCCAGCGUGGUGACUGCUGCCUCCUCAUGAGUGCACCAUUACACACAAAUGGGAUCUAAGGUAAUCUAGAGAGGCUUCUGCAAGAGCAGAAGAGUUGUCUGUCAGGGUGGCCUGUUCCUGCCUGAGAAGAAGUGCAUGUAAUUCCUGCACCUGGCGUAUUUGUCAAACUGUCUUACUCAUUCAUGCUCAAAGAUCAAAGAACUGAUGUACACUCUAGGAAAGGUCCAAUUGUAACCCAGUGUGAUAGAAAUAAUCUUUUUUUUUUUAAAGCAGGCUCCAUGCCUAAGGUGGGGCUUGAACUUAUGACCCCGAGAUCCAUAGUCACAUGCUUUACUGACUGAGCCUGCCAGGUUCCCAGAAAUAAGCUUAUUUUAAUAAGUAUCACCAAUAGUUUCAUCAUUCUCAUGAUUGGUGAUCUCAACCCCAAUACACAUGAAGGAGAUGACUCUCCUAUUAGUAAUUAGUAAUAGUACUAAUAGGUCUCUGUGGUGAUGAUUCUGGGGGAAUGCAUAAAUAUCAGGGUGGGUAAUGUGAUAUCCAACUCAAGAUAUUUAUCCUUUGUUAAUAUUGUUGAAACACUGAAUAGCUGAUUCAUCAUGAGCCCCCAUCCACCUGGUAAUCAGUGUAUUUAGCAAAGAUACCAUCGUUUGUACUCAAUAACAAAGCUGUUUCUUUUCCAGACCCCUUAAAAGAUUCUAAAGGUAAGAUAGGAUCCCUGCAAUCCAGGAAAGUAACAAUGUGACAGGAAGGUGUGCCUGAUAGACAAGAAAGUACUGGAGAACUUCUGCGUUUUAAAGAUGUUAAGCAUAGUUGUAGUUCAAAGAACAAAGUCAGUGUGGGCAGGAGUGAUCGAAAAGUAGUUGUGAAGGUGACCCAAGCUCUGGAGGAAGGGUGGGCCUUGGAUAGGCAGAAAGGAGGAGGCAACUGUAGGAGCCAGAAGAGUAGGAAAGGGUUUGCUACUGGGAGAGGAGUCAAAGCUUGACCUGUGUCCCGUGAGGGCAGAGCAGGAAGGGCAGGUGGAGAAGGCAGGGCCAAGGGCAGGCAACACCUGAACAAGAUGUAGUGAGGAGCAUUGUGGGCUGUUGAAGAGAGAAAUAAUCUGAUGAAACCAUUUCCAGAAGGUUAGUGAGAAACAGGAUAGAUUUGAGAGGUAAAAGACGAGGGUAAAACCAUGCAGCAAAAACCAUGCGUUGACGAUGCAGCAAAAUUCAGGAUAAGAUAAAGAAGGGCUGGAUUAGGGAGAGUGGCCCUAAUGAUGAAAAUAAAUCGAUGGGUUAAAAUGAUAGGACUUUCUCAGUAUCCACAAAUCAAUCAACAUGAUACACCACAUUAACAAAAUGAAGGAGAAAAAUCAUACGAUCAUGUCACUAGAUGAAGAAAAAGCAUUUAACAGAAUUCAAUCCAGUCAUGAUAAAAACCAGAUAUAGAGGGGAAAUACCUUGUCAUAAUAAAGACCAUAUAUGACAAGCCCACAGAUAACAUCACACUCAAUGGUGAAAAGCUGAAAACUUUUCCUCUGAGAUCAGAGAAAAGACAAGGAUGCCCGACUCUUGCCACUUUUAUUCAACAUAGUAUUGGAAGUCCUAACCAGAGCAACGAGGCAAGAAAAAGAAAUGAAUAAAAGAAACAGAAAUAAAAGAUCAGAAAGGAAAAAGUAAAACUGUCUCUAUUUGCAAAUGACAUGAUAUUAUGUGUAGAAAACCCUAAAGAUUGUCCAAAAAACAAUUAGAUAUAAUAAAUGAAUUCAGUAAAGCUGAGACAUACAAAAUCAAUGUACAAAAAUCUGUUGUUUUGGGGCACCUGGGUGGCUCAGUUGGUUAAGCAUCUGACUUUGGCUUAGGCCAUGAUCUCACAUUUCGUGGGUUCGAGCCCUGCGUCAGGCUCUUUGCUGACAACUCAGAGCCUGGAGCCUGCUUCGGAUUCUGUGUCUUCCUCUCUCUCUCUGCCCUUCCCCCACUCUCUCUCUUUCUUUCUAUCUCUCAAAAACAAUGACUAUACCUUUAAAAAAUUAGAAAAAAUCUGUUGUUUCUAUAUACUCAUAAACUAUCAAAAAGAGAAAUUAAGAAAUUACAUCAAAAAGAAUACCUAAGAAUGAGGAGGUGAAAAAUCUGUACACUGAAAACUGUAAGACAAUGAUGAAAGAAAUUAAAGGAGAUACAAAUAAAUGGGAAUAGAUUCUGUACUCAUGGAUAGGAAGAAUAGUGUUAAAAUUCCCAUAUGACCCAAAGCAAUCUGCAGAUUCAAUGCAAUCCCUAUCAAAAUUCCAAUAGUACUUUUCAUAGAAAAAGGACAAGCAAUCCUAAAAUCUCUAUAGAAUAACUCAAGACCCCAAAUACCUGAAGCAAUCCUGAGAAAGAAUAAAGAUGGGGGCAUAGUGCAGUCUGAUUUCAAACUACAUUACAAAGCUACAGCAAUCAAAACAGUAUUGUAUUGGCAUAAAAACAAACCCGGAGAUGAAUGAUACAGACUAGAAUCCCAAAAUAAACCCAUACAUAUGUGGUAAAUUAAUUUACAACAGAGGAGCCAAGAAUAUACCAAGGAAAAAGGACAGUCUCUUCAAUAAAUGGUGUUGGGAAAACUGGACAGCCAAAUAUGCAAAAAAAUGAAGCUGGACCCUUAUCUCACACCAUACACAAAAAUCACCUUAAAAUGAAUUAGAGACUUGAAUGUGAGACCUGAAACCAUAAAACCCCUAAAAGAAAACAUAGGGGUCCUUGGACAUUGGUCUUGAGAAUGAUGUUUUAGAUUUUACACCAAAAACAAAGGUAACAAAAGCAAAAAUAAACAAGUAGACUACAUCAAACUAAAAAGUUCUGCUCGGCAAAGGAAACUAUGAACAAAAUGAAAAAGUAACCUACAGAAUGGAGAAAAGAUUUGCAUAUCAUUUAUCUGAUAAGGGGCUAAUAUCCAAAAUGUAUAAAGAAUUCAUACAACUCAAAAACAAAAAAAAAAAAACAAAAAAAACCCCAAAUAAUCUGAUUUUAAAAUGGACAGAAGAAAUGAAGAAACACCUUUCCAAAGAAGACAUACAAAUGACCAAUAAGUCCAUGAAAAGGUAGUCAACAUCACUAAUCAUCAGGCAAAUGCAAAUCAAAACCACAAUGAGAUAUCACCUCACACCUGUUAGAAUGGCUAAAAUAAAAAACACAAGCAAUAACAAAUAUUGGCAAUAUGUGGGAAAAGGGACCCUCGUGCACUGUUGGUGGGAGUGCAAACUGGUGCAGCCACUAAGGAAAACAAUAUGGAGGUUCCUCAGAAAAUUUAAAAUAGAACUACCUUAUGAUCCAGGAAUCACACAUAUGGGUAUUUAUCCAAAGAAAAUGAAAAAGGAUAUCAAAGGGGCCUCUGCACUCCCAUAAUUGCAGCAUUAUUCACGAUAGCCAAGAUAUGGAUAUAAACUAAGUGUCCAUCAACAGGUGAAUGGCUAAAGAAGAUACUAUUGAGCCAUAAGAAAGAAGGACAUCCUGACAUUUGUGACCACAUGGAUGGAACUUGAAGGCAUUAUGCUGAGUGAAAUAAGGAAAACAUAGACAAACACUGCAUGGUAUCACUGC